AUGUCAUCAACACCCGAUCCCGAAAAGGGAGAGGACCUACGGACACCCUCUCCUCCUUCUAUACACUCCUCCAGCGACAGCAUCGCCUCCGCGCAGUCAGAAGACCAAGACACCAGCGACGAAAAGAAGACGGCCCGCAGCCUCGUCCGCGAAGAUGAUGACUCCGAGCCUCACCAUGACGCCCUUGUCCCAACCGUCAGCAUCACUACGGCGACGCAGCCCACAGGCGACAACAACACCAACGCAGCCGGACAGCAAGCCGGGCGUUCAAGAUCCCGUGCCUCAACUACACGAUCUCGCACCCUCACCAUCAUUCCCCGCUCUCAGCGACGGGGCGUCCUGGCUCGUCUCGCUCUUGUCCCCGAGGUCGAGCGUCCGUACGAGUACAAGAACUCGACGAAAUGGGGCAUCACGCUGACCAUUGCCCUGGCCACUGCCGCCGCCCCCCUCGGCUCAUCCAUCUUCUACCCCGCCCUCCCUGAAAUGACAAAGGCCCUCCACACCACCGAAGACAUCGCCAACCUCUCCGUCGCCCUCUACAUGAUCUCCAUGUCCAUCUUCCCGCUCUGGUGGUCCUCCUUCUCCGAGCAGUUCGGCCGCCGCUCCAUCUACAUCAUCUCCUUCGCCCUCUUCCUCGUCUUCGCCGUCCUGUCCGCCGUCUCCGCCAACAUCGCCAUGCUCAUCGUCUUCCGUGUCCUCACCGGCGGCGCCUCCGCCUCCGUCCAGGCCGUCGGCGCCGGCACCAUCGCCGACAUCUGGGAGUCGCGCGAGAGGGGGCGCGCCAUGAGCACCUUUUACCUCGGCCCGCUGCUGGCGCCGCUGAUUGCGCCCAUCGUGGGCGGCGCGCUGGCGCAGGGUUUCGGGUGGAAGGCGACGAUGUGGUUCCUCGCCAUCUACGGGCUCGUCAUCCUUCUCCUGCUGAUCUUCUGCCUGCCGGAGACGCUGGCGCGGAAGCACAAGGCCGAGGAGCCCGAGUCAACGACGACGAUCCGCCGCAUGACGACGGCCGAGUCCGCCAGGGUGCGCACGAGGAACGUCGCCGCGAGCGCGAAGCGCAUCUUCAUCGACCCGCUGAGCGUGCUGCUCUUCUUGCGCUUCCCCCCCGUCUUCAUCACCGUCUUCACCGCGGCGAUUGCCUUUGGGGCGCUCUUCAUCAGCAACAUCUCCAUCCAGCAAAAGUUCUCGCAGCCGCCGUACAGCUUCAGCGAGAUCAUCAUCGGGCUCAUGUACAUCCCCGCGGGCUUGGGGUACUUUGUGGCGUCCAUCUUGGGGGGCAGGUGGAUCGACAAGAUCAUGGCGAGGCAGGCCAUCAAGGCGAACCGGUACGACGAGCAUGGCAAGCUCAUCUUGCUUCCCGAGGACCGCUUCCGCGAGAACAUGUGGCUGGCGAAUACCAUGUACCCGAUCGGACUGCUGGUGUACGGUUGGACGCUCAACUAUGGCGUUAUCUUCAUCGUUCCAGCCAUAGGCAGCUUCAUCUUUGGCGCAGCAUCCAUGCUCGUCUUUUCUGCCGCCACCACGAUGCUCACGGAAUUCGUCCGCAAAAAGAGCUCCGCGGGCGUCGCCGUCAACAACUUUGUCCGCAACAUCCUCAGCUGCGUGGGCGUCGUCGUCGCGGCCCCCUGGAUCAACGCCGUGGGCGUGGGCUGGGUCUUUACCGCCGUCGCCCUCUUCUGCAUGGUUGCGGGCUACAUCGGCAUCUGGACGCUGAGGAGGAACGCGGCGCGGUGGAGGAAGGAGAUGGACGAGGCGUUGAAGGACUGGAAUUGA